AUGGGCACUGUCCUCAAGCGUGCCGGCCGUCGUGUCCCUGCUAUGCAUCCGCCUCCGUCGCAGCCGUUGCCCGCGCUCCCAAACCCGAACGUCCUGUCGUCGCGUCCGCCCCUUGUGACGCGCACGUCGUCAAGCCACUCCGCUUCGAUCCCCACGCUCAGCGUCAAAGGCGUGCAGCAAUCCUCCGCCUCCGACCACCAGCUCUGCAGCGCUGGUCGCACGCGGGACCGGUCGUACUCCAUCGCCAGCACCGCGAGCUCGUGCGAGCCCAUUCACGAGGACAUCAAGGAAAACUAA